AUGGAGAGCAACAAUUGGAUUACCGAAGCCCUUGUCCAGUUCAUAAAGUCACCUGUAUGGCUUACUCCAGUUAAUAGUUUCAUUGAUGAAAACUGCAAUAUAUUUACUGAUGAUAGCGAAAUGAAGCUUGAGUAUACUACCAUUCAUCAGAAAUUUAAAUCAAUCGUUGACGAUCUGCUUUCGGAAUUUGUGGGCGAGUUGGGUGUCUCACUGGAGGACGCCUUAUCCGCCGUAAGGAGUUCCCUGCAAAGUGAACAUGAGCUAGAGCAUAAAUCUGUUGAAGACUUCAUGAAAUACAUUUAUGUUGUGGACGACUUUGAGAGCUUUUACCGCAUGAUGAUAAAGCGAAAUGUCGAGUUAGACAUUAUAGCCGUAAGGGACCUGCAGGCUAAAGGAGUGAAUUUGUCUGUCGAAGAUUCAGAGAAUUUACUAUCCUCUAUUAGUGGAGCGGCACCUCCUACUCCUGAGGAUAUUGCUCGUAUCAUCGAGGCCAAUGGCAAGUGUGACGAUGAAGAAGCGUUUAAGCGCGCCAUAUCUGCAUCCCUGAUGGGUGAUCCCAAAGCGCAGGAAAAUAAAUUGGAAGGAGCCAAAUUGAAGGAGGCGUUGGCGUUAUCGGCUCAAGCCGAACGCGAUCGCGCACAGCUUUCAACAGGCGAUGCUCAAAAAGAGGUUCCGAAACCCCUCCCCAAACGCGUGGAGGAUGUGGCUAGUAAAGAGCCCAAAACAACGACCGCACAUCAAGCUCAGGUCGAACGCGAAGCUCAUGCCCCAUCUCAGACGAAAUCACAUGUUGAUGGAGGGCCCGUGCGCCGGGCCUCGGAGUUGGAUCAACCGAUGGCGCACAACGGAGCUCCCCCAGCUGCCUCAGAGCCAAAAGGGCAAAUACCAACGGCAAUAAACAGCGCGGCGAGUUCUUCGUCCCCUCAUAAGGAUCAGAGUUGCCCCCUUCCUGCGCUCACAACUUCAAAGCUGCAGCAGCCCUUAGGAGGGCCUAAAUUGCAGCCCCUCCCACCAAUCUAA